AUGCCUUUAUUCGCGGUACCAUUUUCGGUCAAAGUUGCUCUUGCUGUCGGAGGAGUAGCUGGUGCAGGUUUGGCAAUAGCCAAUAAUAGGACAAUUAUCUUGCAAGCUGCUGAGAACCUUUUCAAUCGAGGUGCCGAAUAUUGCCAUCAGAAACUUGAGGGGCAUAAAAUAAGAAACGAUGGUGUUUAUGCAGAUAAUUAUGAAGACGGUGCACUUGCAGAAGAUAGAGAGGAAGGAAGAUCCACUGGUUAUGAAAGUUUUACCGAACUCAGCACUCCAUACACAACCGAUUUCCUGGAGAUAGAUACGGAUAUAGAACCUGCUGAUGAUGAAGAAUUGGAACUCGAUUGA